AUCGUUUCCAUCUCGCCUCGCUUGCUUGAUUCUUGAAGUGCGCGCUAAUUCGGCCUCGGUGCCCGCCAUGUCAAUUUCUGUCCAAUUUCCAGUGCCAAUCAUUGCUCAAGCCAUCACACCAGUCCUUACCACAGUCACCCGAAGUCCAGCCUCGCUUAGUCUUUUUCACGGUCCUGAAACCUCGAUUGGGGAUGAGAUAGGUCAAUUGUGGACUGUACCAUCUCGUUGGUCGAGCAAGCCACCCUGGCUGAGCUGCUCACUAUGCUCACUUCUGGCCCACUUGAGAUACGGCCUUCACGAACUCAGCUCUUUCUCAAGGUGAAACGUUGCGCUGACUAGAUGUUCGUGACCGGGAGCCGCAGCCGCAGCUGGCUCAUCUUUUGAUAUGCUCCUUCGUUCCUUCUUGCCCGUGUCUCUUAUUCUCUUCCAAGACCCUGGUGGUUUGACGAAGCUGCCACUCGCCAGCCCGCCUACCAAGGUACACAGCAAGCCAAAUCUCUAAUUGUGUUGUGCAGCGCAGCCUCAGAUCGCAAAGACACGAAUUGUACCAAACUCAUAUCACAGAAAACCCCGUGCGCGGUACCAACGUCUUUCUCUGCUACCACUGAACGUCCGUACACCUUGUGUUCCGGGCAGUAUUUGGUACAAUGGCCACGACCAGCACCACCAAGCAGCUUCGUCUGCAGACAGACUCCUUGUCCUUGAUCCCGAAAAAGUAUCGCGGAGAAGCCGACGACCCUCACUUUAUCCCCGACUCUCCAUUGAUUGAAAGGCAGAUGUUGACGGAUCAAGAGGAGGGCGAACUGAAGCGAAUGUGCGCACUGAUGCUCGCCAAUGUACAACACUCGGACGACAUGUCGGAAGAUCCUCUCAAAUACCUCGCAGCACAGAUCCACGAAGGCAGGCCACCAGCAGAAAAGGUUGUGAAACAAGAACAAAAGUCCAAGGCACCACAAAGGUCGGAUACCAACGUGACACACGAUAUUCUGGAUCUUCAUGUCGACUCUGCAAUCUCCUCGGACGUUUCCCAUCGCGACACCUUUUCGAGUGCAGAUGAUUACUCGACGCCAUUGACUAGUGCUGGAUUUACGCCUGGAGCGAGCACUCGACGAUUCUCUGACACCACAAGAAAAUCUGCGGCAAGUGCAAAACGAGCUGGCAGCAGCCUGCGAAACGAGACAGUGUCCGUGACAAAGAGUCGGAAAACAUCGAAUUCUGGUCUACAGAGGACGAUCGACUUGAGUAAAGCAUCUACCGAGGCAGAUCCCGCCAGAGCUACCCUUCGAAUUGUUCCUUCAGACUCUUCACCUUUACGGACUAGAGCCGUCAAGUCCAUGGACGUUCCUCGCGACCCGAGCUUCUCCGUGCCGGACUUGAACAAAAAGUUGCCUCCACCACCUCUAGAGCAAGUUCAAACCGAAGAUGAGAAACAGCCACACAUCAGUCGGUUGAUGAAGACAAUCCGCAAGAAGAAAAGCACCAUGGACAAUAGAAACCUCUCGACUGCAUCAGCACCUCCUGUAACAACCAUUGAUCACAGCCCAGCUGCUGCCAGACCAAGGACAUCAACCGCACCAGCAGGACGACAAGCGUCAGUGCAAACCCAGACCGAAAGCCUUCCCAAAAAGCGGUUCCGACUUCGAUUGUUCUCAAGAAGGCAAAGGCCUGUCGAUAUUCUAGUCACCUGAAGACCCGUAUUACAUUCAUCAACAACAACACUACUCGAUUAUAAUGUUCAUGGAAGCGCCGGCGUUCAGGAUUUUACGUCAUAAUACAACCUUUUCAGUCAGGGUUUACAGAUCCAGCGUGGUCACAAGAACACACACACGAUGCAUGUCAAAAAAAGCUUUUUGUCGAGCAUCCUUCAUGCCAAAAAUGACGUGUUUAAACAAUCAUCAGACUUUUUACGACCUUGGUAUACGACUUCAAAGAUCAGCGAUUUGAUAUUUUUCGUAAGCAAACGGAGGAGAGUGGCUCGAUAUUUGCCGGAAAGUCCGCUCGGUCGCACACGGGAGGGAUGGAACGAGCCGGGCAGAUGCGGUGGAAAGAAGCAUGAAUUUCUUCCGCGGUUGUCAUAAAGAGUAUACAGACUAUUUCUAAUAUGGUAGGAGGAGUGUGAGCGAUGGUUUCAGACGCAGCGUACCGAAAUUCUUACGAUCUGCGAUGCAGAUCUCAUCAAAGGUGUCCACAAGUGUCUCGGAUUGCCGGGACUGCACCUUCGUCAACAAACGGACCGUUAAUGUAAGGUGCCACUCAACGACUUUCCACUUUUCGACGACUUCAGGUGGCUUUGCUAUGGGCGCGCAACAUCGGGCCAAACUCUAGCCCCCUUCAAUCGUUGAACGGUCGAGGUUGUUGAGUGAUACAGUACGUUGGCAUCUCACUAUUGCCAAGAAAUCCAUCCGAGGUUCAUGUUGAUGAGAGUCUAUGGAGUCAUGUACUUCGCGGCAUUGGGCCAGCAAGGAUCCAAGAUCCUGCUGAGGCCGUCAACGAAUGCAUUUCCAUCCCUGGCCAAUGUUGCUCCCCAUGCCUACACUCCUAUCAAUUAAAUAUAUAAACCAUCAUCAUCAUGACAAAUCAACUGCUUGAGCUUUG